GUUAGGGCCAACGAGGAACACCUGAUGUUACCAGCCAUCUCUCUCUCUGUCUGCUGUGCUGCUGCAGAAGAGGGAACGCACGAGCCAUUUGAAUAACGAAAACGUAGCGUGGACGGCCCCGCUGUCGAAUCCUGACUCUGGGCCAACAGGCUGUGUGCAGGAAUACAAGCUAGACUGAGAGCUUAAAAGUGACCAAGAGCAUCCAACAACAGAAAAUAUGGCCGAGUACUCUCAUUACCUCAACGAAGAGGGAAAACAUUACCGAGUGGCAGAGAUCCUGGCUUAAAUAAACAGAGCUGAGUGGAAAACGGGGACAGAACCCUUCAGGACUUGCUGGUCCAGGUCGCGGCUGAAACCCCUGGAAGCGAAGAUGCGUGCUGUCUGGGCCGUGGGAGUCGGUGUGCUGUGGGCGCUGCUGUGCGCCGCGCUGCCCGGCGGAGGCUCGUCGGAGCCGGCGACGCUGGUGGCGCAGGAGCCCUUCAAGCCCGAGUCCAUUCUGCUGAAGCCAAAGGUUAUGAUCGCCAUCGUGGCUCGCAACGCAGCGCACAGCCUGCCACAUUACCUGGGCUGCAUCGAGAGGCUGGAGUACCCGAAGGAGCGCAUAGCCAUCUGGGCGGCGACAGACCAUAAUGUGGACAACACCACUGCUAUGUUGAGAGAAUGGCUGAAACAAGCCCAGAGCGUCUACCACUACGUGGAGUGGAGACCAAUGGAUGAGCCCAAGUCCUACACAGAUGAGUGGGGGCCGAAGCACUGGCCGCCUUCAAGGUUCAACCAUGCGAUGAAGCUGAGACAGGCGGCGCUGAAGGCUGCCAGGGAACGAUGGGCAGACUACAUACUGUUUGUAGACAGUGACAACCUGUUGACCAACCCCCGCGUCCUCAACCUGAUGAUGGCUGAAAACUUGACCCUGGCUGCUCCCAUGUUAGAGUCCCGCUCGCUCUACUCCAACUUCUGGUGUGGCAUCACCCCACAGGGUUACUACAAGAGAACCCCAGACUACCAGCCCAUCCGGGAGUGGAAGCGACUCGGCUGCUACACCGUUCCCAUGGUGCACAGCACCUUCUUAAUAGACCUGCGUCGUGAGUCCAGCAGGGACCUGGCCUUCUACCCUCCUCACCCGGACUACAGCUGGGCCUUCGAUGACAUCAUGGUGUUUGCUUUCUCGGCUCGUCAAGCAGGUGUGCAGAUGUACGUGUGUAACAGAGAACAUUACGGACUCCUGCCCGUCCCUCUCAAAGCUCAGCAGAGUGUGGAAGAAGAGAGCGAGAGUUUCAUACACACCAUCACGGAGGCUUUAAUUGACCACGACAUCGAGCCCUCUGAACACCUGUACUAUCCACCCUCCCCACAGGACACCAUAGGCUUUGAUGAAAUAUACCUUAUCAACCUGAAGCGUCGGCUGGACAGAAGGACCAGGAUGUUGAAAUCAAUGUCCUCGCUGGGUCUACAUGCCACCAUGAUGGAAGCAGUGGACGGAAAGGCUCUCAAUUCGUCCCAGCUGCAGGCUCUAGGAAUAGAGAUGCUGCCGGGCUACAAGGACCCUUACUCAGGCCGAGUACUGACCAGAGGGGAGAUCGGUUGCUUCCUCAGCCAUCACUCCAUAUGGACACAGGUGUUGGAGCGAGGUCUCAAGAGUGUUCUUCUCUUAGAGGACGACGUUCGGUUUGAACCCAGGUUUAAACGACGGCUCCAGGCCAUAAUGGAUGACAUAGACAAAACCCAGCUGGACUGGGACCUCAUCUACGUCGGGCGUAAGCGCAUGCAGGUGCAGCAGCCGGAGCAGUCCGUGGACGGCGUGAACAACCUGGUCAAAGCCGACUACUCCUACUGGACGCUCGGCUACGCGCUGUCACAGCAGGGAGCCAGGAAGCUGCUGGCUGCAGAACCUUUCAAAAGGAUGCUGCCCGUCGACGAGUUCCUGCCCAUCAUGUUCAACAAGCACCCAAACACUCAGCACAUGUCUCACUUUGAGAAGCGGGACCUGAAGGCCUUCUCCGUGGAGCCGCUGCUCAUCUAUCCCACCCACUACACCGGAGAGCCGGGCUACAUCAGCGACACGGAGACCUCCACCAUCUGGGACGACGAGGCCGUGGCCACGGACUGGGACCGGCAGCACGCCCGCAAGACGGCCCAGCAGGGCAACAUCCAACCCGUGGCCCAGAACAGCGUCAGCGGAGACUCGCCGCCACCUGCAGCUCGAGCCUCGCGGGACGAACUCUGAGGGCCUGAUGCUCAGAGAGAAAGACUGGUGUACACACACUUGGAAAAGACACUUGAACUACAAGCUGACAUACUGUACAUUCAUUCAUAUAUAUAUAUAUAUAUAUAUAUAUAUAUAUAUAUAUAUAUACACACACAAACACACACACACUGGUGUCCAAGUGGAUAAAAGCAGAGUGAAGAAGCCUGAUGAAGGGACAUUGAGGAGAGGAAGACGAGAAACUGGGACGACGGCCAGCAGGCCUUUGACUAAAGCUUUAUUUAUUCCCCAUGUGCCUUUUUUCUUUGCAUGUGGAGACAGUUACAGCCCGCGAGAAACUUCACCAACACAUGGAAGACAGCUAACAUAAUUUGAGAGACUUGAAAGAAAAGAAAAAAACAUUCCCACAAAUAAAUUUGAAUGCCGUUUAGGAAGAUGAUUGUUAUUUAAAAAGGAACAAAUUUGUUGUUUUUGUUUAAUGGACAGCAAAAGAAUAAAGGAAGCUGUCUGAAAACAACUCUUAAGUGUGCGUUGACUUAUGCAUGUGCUUACAGAACUGAACAUGUGUGGGAGGAGGAAGGCUGAGAUGUCGUACCCAAGGGUGCAACUGGCUCGGAUGAUGUCACACACACACACACACACACACACACACACACACACACACACACACACACACACACACACACACACACACAUACACACUGAUGGGAGCACAGCCCUUCUUUACCAAGCAGCAGGACAGUAAUGGAUGUUAUAGGUAAUGGAUGUUAUAGGUCUCCGUGUCUUCUGUCACUUGCACAGCGGGCUGGUCCCGCUAGUUAGCAUUUCAGAGCAUCCAUCAUGCAUCACACGUAUCCCGCAGGAUGUAUUAUAUAUGCAGUUGUGUCCACUUCAGACCCCUGCUUUCAGAAUUUACACGUGGUGAAUAUUUUUGGGAUAAACUGAAUUAUUCAUGUCCUCAACACAGGCUGUUCUUCGUUCCGUUGUGGU